AUGAAUGAACAUAUGGAGACAGCGUUUAAACUGGCCGAAGAGGCAUUAAAGAAUGAUGAAGUACCUGUUGGAUGUGUUUUCGUUUGCGACGGAGUUCAGGUCGGACAAGGACGAAAUGAAGUAAAUGCCAGCGGAGACCCAACUGCACACGCUGAAAUGGUGGCAAUUCGAGAAAUGCGUAAGCAUAAUUGGUCUGAAAAGGAGAUUCACACUUUUGAAUUAUUUGUGACACUCGAACCUUGUAUUAUGUGUGCCGCUGCAAUGUAUGAGUUGGGCAUCAAACGAAUUGUGUAUGGGGCAGCAAAUCAAAGAUUUGGUGGAAUCGAAAGUGUUGGAAACAAAGAAAAAUAUGGUGCAGAACAUGAAAUUGAGGUCAAUUCCCUAAUUGAAGCAAACCGUGCAAUUGGUCUACUUAAACAAUUUUAUGAAUUAGAAAAUGCGAACGCCCCGGAACAAAAAAAGGAAGAUAAAAAGAAAAGAAAUUGU